GCUCCCUGGUCAGCCUGACACAGGGACACAAGCUGCAGGACGGUGAUAGAGGGAGAAGAGGGUGAGGUUGCCCAGCGCUUACAAUAUGGCCCAAAUCCAGCAACCCGAGCCUGCCAAGGAAAACAAGACCUAUGCAGAGCCCCUCACCAAAGAGAUCGAUCUCGUACAGAGGGACCCCAAGAAAAUCAACCAAGACGUGGUACAGGUGGACUUUGAAGAUGUCUUUGCUGAACCGGACAGCAUUCACAGCUUCGAUGGAGUGUGGAAAGCCAGCAGCACUACCUUCACAGUCACCAAAUAUUGGUGUUACCGGGUCCUCUCGGCCAUCUUGGGUCUUCCGCUGGCCCUCAUCUGGGGAUUCCUCUUUGCUUGCCUGUCCUUCUGCCACAUAUGGGCUGUAGUCCCCUGCGUCAAGAGUUACCUGAUGGAAGUCCAGUGCCUGGGCCAGUUCUACGCGGCGUGCGUCCGUACCUUCUGCGAUCCAAUCUUCGAAGCCAUGGGGAAGGCGCUGAGCGGAAUCCGCGUGGCGCUCAGAAAGGAAGUUUAAAAACUUACGGCCUAAAUGAAACUUUAUGUCUACUAACAAAGCCAAGUGGAUGUCAAUUCAAAUGCACCAGAGGGAUCCACAAACAACUGCAUUGGGGGUCCCUCUGGAAAAUGAACUUUUGAGCAUUUGGGGAGGAGGCGGGGGUCAUUUUUCUUUUUUACUUUUUAUGCAACAAAUGAAGAAUUCAAAGCCAGAGAAGGUAUAAAUACCGCAUUUAAUUAUUAUUUCUCUGUAUGCACAAAGGCUGUGUUUUGGUGAGAACUGGAGUAGAGUAUAGGAUACAAGAUCUAUGUCACAUGAUAUUGUGGAUGAAUGGCCGCUGAGGUCCGAUCGAUACCGUUUUUCUUUUUUUUUUUUUUAUAUGUACAUUGUAUUAGGCUCAACAUUUCCUCUCUAUUGACAUCAUCACAGUAACCAAAUCCUUAGAAGGAAUAACAGAUAAUUAAUAGAUCGUGGUUACACACAGACAAGGGUUACACGAACAGGGUACGGCAAACCAGACCAGGGGAUCAUGGGUAAAUCAGGAGCGUGGGCAACCCCUGAUUCUUUGUUAAAAUGAUUGGCAGGUAAAAAAUAGACGCAACAAUUCUGCGGGAAGAGAGGAUGCAAGAUAGCGAUCAUACAGCGAAAAAGGCAAUUUACAAGCAGGAUUCAAGCAAAGUCACAAGAGGCGGGACUAAAUAAAGUGCGGGGUCCAAACUAUCCAUAGUACCAUCCAUGUGAGAUUAGGUUGCCCGAUUGUCCCUGAUUAUGUCAUUCCUGUAGCAAUGGGCUAAAAUAAAAAUGAUCUGUCUCCUU